UCUAUUAAUCUUUGGUAUUAUCUAUGGUAUCGUGUGACGUGUGCAAGGAAAUAAUAACAAACACUUUUCUUUUCGUUUUCUUUAAAUUUAUUAGAUUCCUAACAUAAACUUACAGAAUACAGCUAUCCUAUCUGUGACUUAUAAAAAAAAUACGUUCAGUUAGGUAUAGGCAAAGAGAAUAUAAUCAUUACGAUAUGGUUUUUUUUGUAUCCAUACAGUGUGAGUGCGAAGAGCAGUACCUAUUACAUAGUUGAGGACUAUUGUACUUAUUCGUGACGAAGAUCUUUAGUCGUUUGAAGAAAGAACUACACACCAACAAUGCAGUGCUGCGUGCCUUUCUGCAAAAAUACUUCCGACAAUGAUUCAACAUCUGGGAGAACGGGAAUUACCUUUCAUGGAUUACCUAGUGAAGGCAAUCUCCGUACUGCUUGGCUCAGAGCCCUCGGCACACAAGACCACCCGCCUGACAAUGCAGUGAUCUGCUCCCAACACUUUCUAAAUAACGAGUUUUUUAAAACAGAGAGUUGUGUGAAUCAGAUUGAGUCUCAUGCUAUUCCUUCAAUAGAGCAGAUGUGCAUGAUAUGUCUGGACACUGACAGCAAGCUGUUUGUAAUGAGUAAAUACAAGUUGGAGGAGGCAUAUGAACAGCUAACUGGACUGUCUUUGUUACACUUGUGUCGUCAAGGAACUUUAAAGCAAACACUCUGUGUGCUCUGUGCUCAGAGAUUGAUUAACUUCAGUAGAUUUAGAGAACUGAGCUUGAGAGCCUAUUCACUGAUGACCGACUUAGUUGAACAACAUGAAUUAAAUACUAUACAACACAAAGAAUUGAUGAACCGCACAACUGCACAUCUGAAGUGCAAUUUGACACAAACAACAUUAGGAGCUAACCAUUGUGACUUGUACAUAGAUCACACUGAUGAAGAGGAACAGACAGCAGGAGAGGAAUUUAUUCUGGGAGAUGUGAAGCAGGAAGACUAUUCUGACUCCAUGUUGAGUGCUGAUAACUUGGAAUUGGCACAAGGAAAUAACUGUGUAUCUAUUGAGGAAUAUCCUGUCAUGAGCAUCAAGUUAGAAGAGGAUCCAAUGACUGAGACUGAAAGUACUGCAUUUGUAGAACACGAGGUCAAAAGAGAGAGUUACAUAAAGUGUGAAAGUUUCACCUUCGAAUGUAGAUUUUGUUUACAGGAUUUUGUUCAAGAAACUGAAUACAAUGAUCAUAUGAACAAGCAUUUCCAGUAUGCUGGCGACAAUGCUUGUGAUGCAUCACAAGUGUGCGAGCCUCGUGCAGGUGUGAGCUGGAACAGUGACUCACUUGUGCCGGAGAACAAGACAGGAAGUUGGGGGCUGAAUGAUGAUGAUGACCCUCCCCCAUCAGCAGACUGCGAUCAGGCUUUAGUUGCUCCGCUGUUAGUGAGAGUUGCGGUGAAAAAAGAGAACAAAGUGCAGGUAACUGAAGAAGCAAGUGCAAUCCUGAAAAGCGAACGAAUCCUUGAAAGAAACAUUGUACAGGAGAACCGAUCAUCUCAGAGCGGCACCAAACCUUACACAGAUAAAAAUAGAUUCACAAAUUGUGUACCCCAGUUAUACAAUAUAAUCAAGAAACCCAAGAAAGCUGUACUAGAUGAGAAUACACAUGUGAGAACCCACACUGCUACCAAGUCGUACUCUUGUGAUGUAUGCGGUUAUAAAUGUACACAUAAAGGUAUAUUUUCAAGACACAAAAUGUUCCACACUGGUGAAAAGCCAUUUUCAUGUGACAUAUGCAACAAUAAGUAUACACAAAAAAGUGCUUUAGUACAACAUAUUAAAGCCCACAGUGGUGAAAAGCCAUUUUCCUGUGAGAUAUGCAAUAAUAAAUUUGUACGAAAACAUAAUUUAUUACAGCAUAUGAAAAUCCACACUGGUGAAAUGCCAUUUUCUUGUGAAAUUUGCAAUUUUAAAUGUACAUAUAGAGGUACUUUUUUAAGGCACCAACUAUCACACACUGGUGAAAAGCCAUUUUCCUGUGACAUAUGCAACAAUAAAUUUGCACUAAAAAAUACUUUAUUGCAACAUAUUAAAACCCACUCUGGUGAAAAGCCAUUUUCCUGUGAGACAUGCAAUAAAAAAUUUGCACGAAAAAGUAAUUUAUUACAGCACAAUAAAACCCACACUGGCGAAAAGCCAUUUUCUUGUGAAAUAUGCAGUUAUAAAUGUGCACGAAAAAGUCAUUUAUUAGUGCAUUUGGAAACUCACAAAAAGAGCCAUGUGUAAGCUAUUAAUUUAAACUCUUUAGAGCGUGAAAAGUGAUGAUCAUUGAAUGAAAGUAACAACAUUUUAAUUGUUAUUCGUACAAUUUUUAUUUACAUAUGUUUACCCUCAACUGGAUUUGAGAUUUACUGGACUACACAUAACAAAUACUGACAGAAAAUUACGCCACUAUGUUAUAAGUGCCUUUGGCAUCGACCGCGACGGUAAAAACUAGAAUCGGAUCCGAUUUCGCAAUAUUCUUAGAGCGGCGCUUGCCUUUGAGACUUUACGCCAAAUUGAUAUCUGACAAUAGUCAUCGGAUAUAGAAUUUUUCAAUUCUGUCUGACAAAAUAUCCAUGCAUCAGCGUAAUCCAAGAGCUGGCGCUUAUUCGACUCAAAGGAUAAAGCCUUGUCAUCCAGUUUCCUGGCACGAUGGGCUGUUCAGGCGCUGCUGCAAUCUCGUCGGAAAUUACGUAUUUCAGCUGUUUGCGGUUGAAACGCUAGCUCCGUGAGGUCGAGUACUCGCUUUCUUUUUAAAGAAAUCACAAAGCGAUUAAUCGACGCAUCCCGUGACCAGAAGGCUGGCCUAUAUUUGGGUCAAAGAACGUUGCCACGUUGUAUGGCAAUUAGUAUUUCCAUACAACGUGGCAAUACUGCCAGCCUUCUGGACAUUUUACCAAUGAACAUCGAUUCGGAUGAAUUGUACGACGCCUUAGUCUGUAGAUAUAUUUUUAUGUUUCCUUUUAUUUUAUCUUUAUAAUAAAUAGGUUUAGUAGUUAAUAAAUAUUAUUGUUUUGUUUAAUGUAAAUAAUUGUUAAUUUUUUAUUCAAUUUAUAUUGAGUUGUGAUAUUUAAUCCAAUAAAAACUUAUUAUCAUUCUUAGUUUUAAUUUAUUUUAGUCUAAUAAAUAAUAUGUAUUUGUGGCUGAUUAUUAUAGACUAGGGUCGAUAUUUUUUGAAACAAAAAAAAAAAUACAGUAGGAUGAACCCAUUAGAAAAGGACGGGAAUAUGAUUAAAAUGAAAACAAAAUAAAUUACGGUCGAUCCGAGUUUGGGAAGUGGGAGGGGGUGAGUUUUUAAGGGUAAAAAUGGUUUAUCUUGAUUUCCGGCAAAACUACAAGUCCUAUGGAAAAAAGUUAAAUGGCGAAGUUGUAGGUAAUAAAAAGAUCUACAACUUUUGCAUUUACAUUUUUUUCACAUAACCUCAAAAUUUAGGUAAAAAAUUGAAAAGUUUUUAGUUUUUUAUUUAUAUCUUUUUCAAAAAAAAGAUAAAAAUCCGUAGAAAAAGCAAUGAGAUUGAAAUAUACUAAUUUACUCCUUGGAUUAAAAAUUAAAUGUAA